AUGUCUCCACGGGAUCCGAUUGACCUUUUUCAAGGAUGGCCGGCACCAGAUCUACUUCCAACUGAACAUCUCAAAAAUGCAGCGAUCAAGGCCCUGUCAAAUAAAGCAGUGUCAAUUCCCGGUCUUGAGUAUGGGCCUGACGAAGGGCAUUUCCCGUUGAGACGGAAUAUAGCGAAAUGGCUCUCGGAAUUUUAUACGCCGUCGCAAGCAAUCAACCCAGAUCGAAUUUGCAUUACCGGUGGUGCAAGUCAAAACUUGACCAGUAUUCUGCAGGUGUUUACCGAUCCUCACGACACAAAGAUAAUAUGGCUUGUGGAGCCUACUUAUCAUCUUGUCUUUCGAACUUUCGAAGACGCUGGGUUCCAUGGCCGGCUACGAGGCAUACCGGAAGACGAGGAGGGUAUGGAUGCCAAUGCUCUCGAAAAUGCCCUGAGAUAUUUUGAGGAUCGCGGAAGCAGCCAAAUGCCUCUAACAUGCUAUGCAUCAAAACCUCGCAAGUCCUACAGGAAGAUAUACAGACAUGUUAUCUACUGUGUUCCUAGUUUUGCGAAUCCGUCAGGGACUAUCAUGACAUCUUCAAGACGCAAGGCACUUGUCAGGCUUGCCCGCAAAUACGAUGCCCUCAUCAUAUGCGACGAUGUUUACGACUUUCUUUGCUGGGAUAUGAACUCAGGCACCGUUUCUAACGGAAAGGACCUGCAACGCCUGGUGGACAUUGAUCGUACACUAGAAGGAGCAGUGGAUUCUUUUGGAAAUGUCGUGAGCAAUGGCUCAUUCAGCAAGCUCAUCGGUCCAGGAUGUCGCGUUGGCUGGGCCGAAGGAACAAAGGACUUCACCUUUGGCCUUUCACAUGCGGGUCAAACCAAGUCUGGAGGUGCUCCCUCGCAACUAAUGUCGACUUUUAUCAACGAGCUUCUAGAAAGCAACGUUCUACAGCGGCAUAUCACCGAGCUUCUAAUCCCGGAAGGUCACCAAAGAUACGCAUCGAUCACAUCUGCGAUCAAGGAGCAUCUCACUCCUCUUGGUGCUCAAUUUAAUGCUGGUGCUGCUCACAAUACAAUUGUUGGCGGGUACUAUAUCUGGAUUAAGAUACCCGCACCUCUCAGCGCGGCUGGGGUGUGCCAAAAGGCGCUUGAAUCGCAAAACCUGACGCUUGGAUGUGGUGACCUGUUUCGAGUCCCCGAGGAUAAUCCUCUAGAAAGUGAUUUACAUCAACGACUGAGGCUCUCCUUCAUGUGGGAGGAUGGAGAGAAAUUGGUUGAGGGAAUUGAUAGACUUGGGAAUGUGCUUAGAGGGAUGCUUUAA